AUGAUUUUACUUCACGUAAUUCUUUUUCGUCUGUUCACCUUUCUUUCUUUCUUUCUUUCUUUCUUUCUUUCUUUCUUUCUUUCUUUCUUCGGUUACUAUUUACUCUUUCCGCUUGAGUUCAUUAUUUUCUUCUUUUUUUCUCUCAAAAUUCUCCCUUUCUUUCUUUCUUUCUUUCUUUCUUUCUUUCUUUCUUUCUUUCAAAGAAGCUCUCCGCUUGCAUUCAUUCUUUUCUUCUUUCUUUUCUCAAAAUUCUUUCUUUCUUUCUUUUUCUUUCUUUCUUUCUUUCUUUUUUUUUCUCCGCGUGCAUUCAUUUCUUUCUUCUUUCUUUUCUCCAAUUCUCCUCUCUUUCUUUCUUUCUUUCAUUUUUCUUUCUUUCUUUUCUUUUUUUUCUUUCUUUCUUUCAAAAGCUCUCCCUUGCAUUCAUUCUUUUCUUCUUUCUUUUCUCAAAAUUCUCCCUCUCUUUCUUUCUUUCUUUCUUUCUUUCUUUCUUUCUUUCUUUCAAAGAAGCUCUCCGCUUGCAUUCAUUCUUUUCUUCUUUCUUUUCUCAAAAUUCUCCCUCUCUUUCUUUCUUUCUUUCAUUCUUUCUUUCUUUCUUUCUUUCUUUCUUUCUUUCUUUCUUUCUUUCUUUCUUUCAAAGAAGCUCUCCGCUUGCAUUCAUUCUUUUCUUCUUUCUUUUCUCAAAAUUCUCCCUCUCUUUCUUUCUUUCUUUCUUUCUUUCUUUCUUUCUUUCUUUCUUUCUUUCUUUCAAAGAAGCUCUCCGCUUGCAUUCAUUCUUUUCUUCUUUCUUUUCUCAAAAUUCUCCCUCUCUUUUCUUUCUUUCUUUUUUCUUUCUUUCUUUUCUUUUCUUUCUUUCUUUCCAAAAGCUCUCCGCUUGAGUUCAUUAUUUCCUUCUUUCUUUUCUCAAAAAUUCUCCUCUCUUUCUUUCUUUUUUCUUUCUUUCUUUCUUUCUUUCUUUCAAAGAAGCUCUCCGCUUGCAUUCAUUCUUUUCUUCUUUCUUUUCUCAAAAUUCUCCCUCUCUUUCUUUCUUUCUUUCUUUCUUUCUUUCUUUCUUUCUUUCUUUCAAAGAAGCUCUCCGCUUGCGUUCAUUCUUUUCUUCUUUCUUUUCUCAAAAUUCUCCCUUUCUUUCUUUCUUUCUUUCUUUCUUUCUUUCUUUCUUUCUUUCUUUCUUUCAAGUUUUUCCUUUUCUUUCAAAAUAUGGUCUCCUUCCUUCUUUCCGACCUCCCACCACUUGCAUUUCUUUCUUUCUUUCUUUCUUUCUUUCUUUCUUUCUUUCUUUCUUUCUUUCUAGGUAAACAUUUAGUCUUACUUUAUGUUAAUUUUUUUCGUAUUUACUGUUUUUCCUUUUCUUUCAUAAUAUGCACUACUUCCUUCCUUCCUUCCUUCCUUCCUGUCGGCCUGCCUUCUUUCUUUCUUUCUUUUUUCUUUCUUUCUUUCUGUCUUUCUUUCUUUCUUUCUUUCUUUUUUCUUUCUUUCUUUCUGUCUUUCUUUCUUUCUUUCUUUCUUUCUUUCUUUCAAGGUAAACAUUUAGUCUUACUUUUACGUUUCUUUCUUUACAUCAUAUUUACUGUUGACAUGUAUGUUUUCUAUCUAUCUAUCUAUCUAUCUAUCUAUCUAUCUAUCUAUCUAUCUAUCGUAAUCUGUUCCAGUCUCUUCCUUCCUUCCUUCCUAUCAUCCUGCCUUCUUUCUUUCUUUCUUUCUUUCUUUCUUUCUUUCUUUCAAGAUAAACAUUUAGUCUUACUUUUACGUUUAUUUCUUUACUUCAUAUUUACUGUUUUCCUUUUAUUUCAUCAUAUGCACACCUUCCUUCCUUCCUUCCUUCCUUCCUUCCUUCCUUCCUUCCUUCCUUCCUUCCUUCCUAUAGAUUUUUCAAAUACGGUUGACAUGUAUGUUUUCUAUCUAUCUAUCUAUCUAUCGCAAACAUUUAGUCUUACUUUUUACGUUUAUUUCUUUACUUCAUAUUUACUGUAUUUUCCUUUCAUUUCAUCAUAUACACCUUCCUUCCUUCAUCAUCCUUCCUUCCUUCCUUCCUUCCUUCCUUCCUUCCUUCCUUCCUUCCUUCCUUCCUUCCUAUAG